UUACACACAUCCAGAUCAAUGAGAGAGAGAGAGCGCGCGAGGGGGGGAGAGAGACGUGCUCUUCCAGGAAGGGAUUAUUAACCAGCACGCUGCCGACCCAUGAAGGGAAAACACACGCAGACAAAAGAAGUUUUCACACCGACAGCCGCGCUAUGGAGCCGGCGUGCAGAUAGUGAAGCAGCGGGGUGAAUGAGAAGAAGAACUUCUCCGACAGCACCGAGCCAAGAGCGAGCUGCCGCUUCUUCUGUCGCUUUUUCUGCCGCUGCUGCUGCGUGGGAGAUAAAGAAGAGGACACAGCGGAAAAGUGGCAGGAGAAGGAGAGAAGUUGACGCGAGAUAAUGUCUGAAUCCUCCUCCUCUGUGAACAAGCAGGAGAGGAGCUCUUUCAGUCCUUCCGCGAACACGCUGCCAAACUCCACUUCCUCCCCCGUCCAUGCUCCCGCCGCCAGGCCAGCCAGCCGAAUGGAGGACGAGCCUGCCAGGCUGCCUGCGCACCUGCGCCUGCAGCCGGUGUUCUGGAGCAGGGAGGACGUGGCCCAGUGGCUGCGCUGGGCGGAGAAGGAGUUCGCCCUGCGGCCCAUCACCAGCGGAUCCUUCCAGAUGAACGGCAAGGCCCUGCUGCUGCUCACCAAGGAGGACUUCCGCUACCGAUCCCCCCACUCCGGGGACGUCCUGUACGAGCUGCUGCAGCACAUCCUGAAGCAGAGGAAGCCCCACGUCUUCUACCCCUCCGCAUACUUCCCCGGGAACUCCUUCCACUCGCUGCCGGAGGGCGCCUCGCAGCACCUCAAGCUGGAAGACACGGUACGACGGGCGCCUCGUGGCUCAGAGCCCCUCCCCCAGCACCCCCCAACCAUCGAGCUGCGCCACCGCGCACGCUCCCCCCACCUUCAGACUCCCAGGCGGUCCCCUCCGGAGCCCCACCCCCCCCGCACAGCCACAGAUGACCACCUGCAGACCUUCUCUCAGCUGCCCGACAGCAACCACCACCCCCAGGAGGAGAUGUACCCCCUGUCAGUGUCCCCCGCUGCCCCCAACGGCCGCUGCGUCACGCCCCGAGACCCCUGCCCAGGCAGCCCCGGGGGCCAGGAGGCGGGCCCUCCUCGCGUCAUCCAGCUCAUUCCCAGCGCCAUCAUGAACCCCCUGCUGCUCAGCCCCAGCAGGAGCGGCGGGGGGGCCGCCAUGGACUUCAGGCACAUCCGCGGACCCCCGUCUCAUGCGCCGCUGGAGAACGGGCGGGAGCUGAAGGGGCACAGCCUCCACCCUCAGAUGUCUCUGUCCCAGCAGCAGCUCCUACAGGAGGAGGCGCUCUACAGGAACCACGUCAUCAUGCCCGUGUCCCCCCCCGAGGAGCAGCAGAUCCCCAUUGGACGCAUCGCAGACUGCAGGCUGCUGUGGGACUACGUCUACCAGCUCCUGUCCAACAGCCGGUACGAGAACUACAUCCGCUGGGAGGACACGGAGAGCAAGGUGUUCCGCAUCAUGGACCCCAACGGCCUUGCCAGGCUGUGGGGGAACCACAAGAACAGGACCAACAUGACGUACGAGAAGAUGUCGCGAGCACUGAGACACUACUACAAACUGAACAUCAUCAGGAAAGAGCCCGGACAAAGACUUCUGUUCAGGUUCAUGAAGACCCCCGAUGAGAUCAUGAACGGACAGACGGAGCGGCUGGAGCACCUGGAGUCAGACACAGACGAACAAAUCUACAUCAAAGAGGAGUGCUGAGGAACUCUGGGAAAUGGAGUUUAUGAACUUAUUACUACUACAGCCGCUGAUGCCUUUCAGAAGCAGCGUGAACAAUCGCCGCUGAACCUGCAGCGCGUGGACGCUCGCUCUAUCAGUCACACUCAGAAAGACUCAACUGUUUCUCUUCAUUGCCUUAGGAGAAUAUUUUCCAGAGUUAAUAAAUAAAAGGGCAUCAUGUGUUGUGAUUUCCUGAUGGAUAGAGCUGAGAGACUUUCUACGUGUUCCCCUUUAUUUCCAAAUGAACUGCAAAAGCCAAUCACUCUGAGCUUCUGUCACUUUGAUGAUUUUAAUGUCUCCUCACCUGCAUUAUAAAGGAAUUGUUGCUGUUUGUAAAAAGACAAUUGGGUGUGUGCGUGUGUGACAGGAAUGUUUUCACAAUGGAAUAAACAUUUUUGAUUAAA